UCACCCUCCGGUCCCCCCGCCCAGCCCCGCUUCCUUCUAAGCAUCUGCACUCCUGGCUCAGUGUGUCAGCAUUUCUGUAUUGCAGUCCUGGCUCUUUCACUAUUUACAGACCCCUCGAAGAAAGAGAAAAAAAUGAAUAUUUACUUAUUUUUGAAGUCUAAGAAAUCCUAGCUGUAGUGCUAAUCUAAUUGAAUUCUUCCAGAUACGUAAAGUGAGUGACAUUCUUAUUGAACGUGUGAAGAAACAGGCUUGAAGAUUUGGAGUGAUGAGUUCAAAUUUUUACAGCUAGAAAGGAUUUGAAUCUUGGACUUCAAAUAAUAGUAUUUAACGUUUAAUGAACAUUAGCAUUAGGUCUGGUUAGCGCUUUAUAUACCCUACAAUCUUGGGAAGCAAAAGCACUAUUUUACUUUCGUCGAAUCUGAGGUUUAAAAAAGUGAAGUGACUUGCCUCAAGUCACACAUAGAAGUGAGGGCUGGUAUUUCAAGCCAGAUCUGCCCGGUUCCAGAAUUCAUGCUUGGUGGCAAGAGAUUUGUUGAAAAUCCAGGCUCUUCUGAAUCCAACGCCCAUCUGUGCUCUAUGUAUUCAAUCGGGCCUGAUUUUAAACAUGGGUCAAGAAUUAGCAAUAAUGUGUUCUUUGGUAAGUCAAUUACCUUCUUAACAUUAGUUUCUUCAUUUGUAAGAGGGGGAUGAUAGUAAGUAGCUGUCAGCGCUGGGAGGUUUCAAUAUGGUUAUACACACAGCAGUCCUCCAGCAAAUGAUGGCAUCUCUCUCUGCCACCUUUUGACAACCAUUACUAUUUCUCCCACCCCUACUCCCUAUGUUCUCUCAGCAGACUUCGUUCAUUUCUGGCAUUGGGAUUGAGGGCUCGGGAUCUUUCUGUUUUGAGAUUGACAAAGUCAAUCCAGGAUGAGGGUAAAGAGAGAAGAAAAUGCACAGCAGUCAGUGUUCCUGAAGUGUCCAGACUCCACUCAUGAAACUUUGUGUGAUUGAAUUAAAUUAGUCUCUGGGAGGUAAUUCAGCUGACUGCCUGCCCAUGAUGACAAGUGGCAGACUCAAUGGGUCUGGCUCAUAGAAACAGACUUAUAGAAAUGAAUUUCUUUUCACUGGAAGAUUAUAGGUCUUCACGUGAGAGAUGAGUGAUCAAGAAGGGACUUAUUCCAUCCUGAGAUUUCUUCAGUCACCUUCGGAGUCACAAAAUAGAUCAAGGCCUGGUAGUACCCAAAGCCCUGGCAAGACUGACGGAAAAGGAGGAUAGUGGAAGAAAUAUCUCUUCAUUCAUCCGCCAACAACUUUGUAAGCUCUCCUUCACCUUUGGGAUAAAGAAAUCAUCCAAAAGUCUCCACAAUGUCAACUGCUUCAGACUGUGAUCAACCUCCAGAAAACACAGAGCAGACAGAGACAAUCCCUAUUGUGGAUGUGGAAGAGCCUCUUGCCCUUCCUCCUCCUCCUCCACCUGAGGAUGAAUGGCGCCCGAUUCCUGAGCACACCAAUGUGGAUGCCUCUCGUUUUUCCUUCUCUCUAUGUGGAAUAACCCCUGUGAUCCUGGGAGUGUUCAGCCUGCUGCUCUUGAUGUUGUGUGGAUUCUUUGGUUAUCACUACUUUCAAAGUGUUCAGGAAUCAGAGAGCAAGAUGAAGAGCCUUAUCCAACAGACUGAGUCUUUGCAAAACAAAGAGGAAAACUUUCUUCAGGUCCUAAAAGCUCUUGAGCAAAAUAAAGAAAUCUUACAGCAGCUCCAAAAACAGAAUGAGUAUAUCACUGAGGCUCUACAAGAACUAAAUGUGGAACAAGGAGACAGGUGUGGACCUUCUCUGAGUCACUGGGUACAAUACAGAGACCACUGCUACCACCAAACUGUGCAAAUUGUUUCUUGGUUAGAGUGUUCGGAUCUUUGCAUCUCUUUGAAUGCUACAUUUUUAAAGACAGAAAGGAGUAGAUUGAUGUACAUCAUGAAGUUACUUGCAGCAAAUCACACUUGGCUUGGCCUGUCUUAUAAUGAAGAGGACAAUCAAUGGAAGUGGGUGGAUGGCUCCCUUCCUUCUCCUGGCCUGAGUCUACCAAAGCCAAGUACGGAUUUCCAGGGGAAUUGUGUGUAUGCAAAUGUGAACACUGUUGGCAUGGAUACCUGCACUAUGUCCUCUUCAUGUGUGUGUGAGAAGCCUGUCUGUGCUAAACACUCAGAAGAAAGUUAAAAAAAAACUGAUGAGAAACUGAUAAAUGACUUCAUGAUAGAAGAAGCCAGAGUCUAGAGUUAAAGGAGAAAAAACAGAGAAGCACAGAAAACUUAGAAACUCAGAACCUGUUUGAUUUUCUGAGAGUUAUAUAAAUGAAUUAAAAAAAUAUCAUUUGUCAUAAAUACUUAGUCUU